AUGUUUGAGUAUAACUACAAGUUUGGGGAGACAGUCGAUGUACAAAAAGAGUUUGGAGUCACUAAAAUAUCAGACAAUAAAUAUGUUGGGGUCAAACCUUUGAUCAAACCUUCACCUCAAUCAAGAGGAGCUUUUGGGGGUAAUUUAGUAGGCCAGGCCCUAUUAGUAGCCAUAAGAUCCUGUCCUGAAGGGUUUUCGCCUCAUUCAUUACAUUCUUAUUUCAUCCGUGCUGCUAAUGUGGAGACCCCAGUGGAAUGGGAAGUUGAAAUUAUUUCUAAUGGGAAAUCAUUUAGCAACAGAGCUGUCAAGGGGAUCCAAGAAGGUGUUGUGGUGUAUAUGGCAAAUAUUUCUUUGACGAAAAAAAAUUCCUACAAAGAAGCUUUACAGAAACACGAGGAACAUUAUGCAAAAAUACAACAAAGAGGAAAAGAUGGUGACGUUGAAGAAGACGUAGACGAGGAUGAUGAAGACGAGCCUGGUCCACCAAAGCCAUUUAGCUUCCAAACUCCACCAAGCAGCCUGCUUAAGAAAUACGAUAUAGAUAAGUUGCCAGUUUCAGCUAUGGAAUCAACUUUGUUGUUAUACUACAAGUUCCCCCCUGAAUUUGUCAAAUUGUCAAAAUCCUUGGAAGAGAACAGUUUGCCUCCUGCUGAACGUAGAUUGACAGCAUUGGCUAAAUGGGGAAUUGAGAACGAACAAGGCUAUGAUCAACCUUUGACUAAUCUUACUAAGGACUUUCAAUUUGUGGGGUUGGCUAACGUAACCGAUGGAUUGUAUUUAGGUACUUUACUCAGACUUUUGAGAGUGAAAGAUAUUGAUACAAAAAUUCAUUCGACUGAUUAUGUGGGAAUCUCAUUGGAUCAUGUGAUAUACUUCCACGAUGAUGAUUUUGACGUUACAAAAUGGAUGGAGUUCAGUUAUAAAUGUACAAGAUAUGCUCAAGACAGAGUGGAUUUUGAAGGUGAAAUCUACAACGACAAGGGUGUCCAAGUGGCAUCAUUUUUCCAACAAGGAUUGGUGAGAUUUGAGAAUGGAGCACUUUUAGAGAAAGCCAAAUUGUAG